AUGGCUCACCACCUCCCUCUAUCCCUUGCAGCUCUCAACAAGUUCCUUCUCUCUGCCACCUUCCCCAGACCACGUUCUGUUACUUGCUUGCAUUUAAAAUACGUCUCAUCUUUAUGGGCCACCCUUUAUAUAAGACAGUUGAAAAACUACUCAGCUACACGUUUUGCCCUUUAUAGCAGGCUCCCUCGGGCUGGAACGAGACAAAACUUUAUUUGUCUCUGUUGUUUUUCUCUAUCUUCUUCAUUUCCUUUCUCUCUCUCUCUUUUUUCUCAUUUUCUCUUCCUCCCUCCCUUUCGAUAUUCCUACUCUCUAUCUUUUUCUUACUUUCUCUCUCUUUCAUUCUUUAGUAUGCAUCCCUCUUUCUUUUAUAGUGUUACAAUAUCUCUAUUUAUCUAUCUACAUACAUACAUACAUACAUACAUACAUAUAAUAUUUUCUAUUUUUCUCUUCUUUGUCUAUUUGAAUUGCUCUUUUUUAUCCUCUCUCUCUCGCACACACGACAUACCUAUAGUAACACCGGAUUUUAACACAUCCGGGCACAAAUCAUAUCCAAAAUCGACAUUCCCCACCCCAACAGAUCUAAUAUCUUCAUUCCAUUAUCUACGAGCAGACACGCCUCUUCUCUUCUGUCCAUUCCUGACAAAAUUGGUCAAAGUAUGA